AGUUGACACACGCGCGCCGUCGGGUGUGGAUCGGCUUGUGUGAUCGUCGGUUCGCUCGCUUGCUCGUUUGCACUCAUGUCCGAGUACCCCGGAACGCCGUGCGUUCUGUGUUGUGCGACCAAGCGUCCGCAACGCGAUUUCCCGCUGUGAACUUCACCGUGUGAAGUGUCAGUGCGACAUGUGUCCGUGAGAAUGUGCUUAACAUCGCCGUUCGUCCCACGGCUGUGAUGAGUGACAGCGAGAUAACCUCUCUCCACGAGGCGCGGUAGUGACAAGUGGAACUUUGGAUAUUAUGUACCCGAGUGCCGGAAUCAACGCCGCAACGGCGGUGGCCGUGGCAACUGCGGCUCGACAUCCGGGUCCGCCGCAGCCCGGCCAGCCAUUCAAGUUCACGGUCGCCGAAUCCUGCGACAGGAUCAAGGAGGAAUUUACUUUCCUGCAGGCUCAGUACCAUUCACUGAAGCUAGAAUGCGAGAAACUGGCUACCGAGAAGAUCGAGAUUCAGCGACACUACGUAAUGUACUAUGAGAUGUCGUAUGGCCUAAAUGUAGAGAUGCACAAACAGACGGAGAUAUCAAAGAGACUAAACAGUAUCAUUCACCAAAUCAUGCCAUAUCUCUCUCAGGAUCAUCAACAGCAAGUCGCAUCCGCUGUAGAGAGAGCGAAGCAGAUUACGAUGAGUGAAUUAAAUACCAUUAUAGGGCAGCAACAGAGGCCGGACAUUCCGCGACUCCUUCAGCAAAUGCACGCUCAGCAAAUACCACCGGGUGCGGCGAUAGCCGCUCAUCCGGGUAUACCUGGACUUCCCGGAUUGGGGCCAGCUGGUCUUCCGGUGCCAACUUCCGCGUCCGCGGCUUUACUCGGCCUCGGACUGACGCCCGGGGCAACCGCCGCGAACCCGGGCGCAACCGCGGUCGCGCAUUCCCUGUCGAUGCUUGGCAAGCCGGAUAUCCACCGCGGUCAACCGGACGAUCUGAAGAGCAAUGGCGGCCUCAGUUCGACGGAGGAAAGACAUAGAAGCCCGAUAUCGCCGGCGGAUAAGUAUAGCCGACCGCGCAGCCCGCAGGAGUCUACUCAUCCUCAUCAUCCUCAUCACUCACAAAAUCAUCACGAUCACCCGAUGCACUCGAUGAAGAAGAUGAAGAAGGAGCAAGAUAAGGAUGUUGGACAUAUGAGCGACGGCGAGAAGAGCGACCAGGAUCUAAUCGUGGAUGACGCGAGUGAGGGCCCGACGAGUCCUGUGGUGAACGGCGCGACGUCGCCGCGUGAAAAUGGCCUGGAUAAGGCAUCAUCGGUGGUGGUGCCUUCGAUGGGCGGCGUGCAAGCAGUGGUGAAGAAGGACGUGCCACCGCACUCGCCCAGAAGUGGCACGAGUAGCAACGCAAGCACGCCUUCGGCCAAGAAGAUGGAGGAACGUGAGAAGACGACGACGCCGAUCUCGAAGUCGCUCACACCGACCUCGGCAGCGGUGAUUGGCGUCAAGUCAUCGUCGUCCUCGUCGUCCUCGUCGGCCUCCGGCAAAUUGCUACAGGGUGCUUCGUUGCCGCCCGGCGCCAUACCUCCGCCGGCAGCAGCUUAUCCUUUACAUUAUCCGCCGCCCGGUCCGCUGCCGCCGCACAAUCUCGCUUCAGCCGCCACCAGCCAGCAUCCGCACGUUGACGUGUUGGGUUAUAACGGUUACCCGGCGCCCAGACCGCCGGCCACGUUGCAACAGUUAUACGACCCGCACGCGGCGAUGAGGGCUCCCGUGGGAUCCGUCGGAAUAGUCGCAUCCAAGCCUGCGUACAGCUUCCAUGUAUCGAGCGAUGGCCAGAUGCAGCCCGUGCCGUUUCCACAAGAUGCCCUCCUUGGGCCAGGUAUACCGCGUCAUGCACGUCAGAUUAACACUCUCAGUCAUGGCGAAGUGGUUUGCGCAGUAACAAUUUCGAAUCCGACCAAGCACGUUUACACCGGCGGCAAAGGCUGCGUCAAAGUCUGGGAUAUAGGCCAAACAGGUAUCAGCAAUGUGAAACCGGUCUCACAACUUGACUGUCUCCAACGCGACAACUACAUCAGAUCGGUCAAGUUGCUUCCGGAUGGAAGGACACUAAUAGUUGGCGGUGAGGCCAGUCAACUUAGUAUCUGGGACCUGGCAAGUCCAACACCGCGAAUCAAGGCUGAAUUAACUUCCUCCGCGCCGGCGUGUUAUGCUCUAGCUAUAUCGCCCGACUCAAAAGUGUGCUUUAGCUGCUGCAGUGAUGGGAACAUCGCCGUAUGGGACUUGCAAAAUCAGGCGCUGGUCCGACAGUUCCAGGGUCACACAGAUGGCGCGUCAUGUAUUGAUAUUUCCGCGGACGGUUCGAAGCUCUGGACGGGUGGUCUUGACAAUACCGUGCGCUCGUGGGACCUUCGAGAAGGCAGGCAGCUUCAGCAGCACGAUUUUACCUCACAGAUAUUCUCUCUCGGUUAUUGUCCCACCGGCGAGUGGCUGGCAGUUGGAAUGGAGAACUCAAAUGUCGAGGUGUUACACGCCUCGAAACCUGACAAGUAUCAGUUGCAUCUGCACGACUCCUGCGUGCUAUCCUUGAGGUUUGCUUCCUGCGGUAAAUGGUUUGUUUCUACCGGAAAGGACAAUUUGCUCAAUGCCUGGCGUACCCCUUACGGAGCAUCAAUAUUUCAGUCGAAGGAAUCCUCUUCGGUGCUCAGUUGCGAUAUAUCGACGGACGACAAGUACAUAGUCACCGGUUCUGGAGACAAGAAGGCCACCGUCUACGAGGUCAUAUAUUAAGGCGCUAUCAGGUUGGUGGUAGCAUCCCUUAUGUUCCGAAAAUGAAGCAAUUGCCGGGACUUGAUUUGGAAACGUUACCAUGGAUGACACGAGAUUGACAAUGUUGUUCUUGUUAUCGUUGUUGUUAUUCACUUUUCGAUUAGAAAGAGCGAUCGUGCACGCAAAGAUGUAAAGCUGACCAGAUUCGGUAUUUCCCGACUUUCAUAGUUGCACAUUUUGCAAGGGAAAAAGUAAUCUGAAAAUGUGCCUUCCUGUAUCAUGUUUUAUGUUAUUCUAUGUUAUUUAAACAUGAUAAAGGCUUUUUUAGUGUUUUUAAUAAAUUGUCUUUUUAUCGGAAUUUCGAGCAAUUAGGACGACUCUUUAAGAAUUAAUAUUAUAACUUAAUUAUUACUUAUAAUAUUAUAACUUAUUACUUAUAACAAAGGUAUGAAUUAAUUAUAUACCAAAAGAUAUUUUAACGCAAAUAUACGUAUAUUACGAUAUACGUAUAUAGUAGUUACGUAUAUAUACGAUAUACGUACCUAUAGCUCUUACUGCUGGUUGUCUCUCGUGUUUUACUCGUUCAGAUACGAAUCUGUUUUGCAUUGACAUGCACGAUCGCUCUUUAAUUGUAAUUAACAUAGUUAUAUCUUGUGCGAUCUCUUAUCUGUACAUUUUGUAAAUAAUAGCAAGUUUUGAGUACACCGUGAUAUUUUUCUACGUUAUUCUAUAAAAAUAAGAAGCAAAUAUGAAGAAUUGUAAAUAUCUGACGAUUGAAGAAUCUAUCAGAAACGAGAUGCGAAAAUCGAUCAAUAAACAUAUAUGAUAAUAUAA